AGCAUCUGAUUUUACAAGUGAAGAGACUUCACUGGAAAAUGACACUUGAGCCAAAAUAGCAGAGUGUUGAGGUCGGCUCAGCUUUCUUUAAUCGGCCCCGCAGCUUCCAACUCUCUCCCAGAUCAAUCACAUGCUGCUGCUGCUGCUGCUCUGCAAACUUGGAGACGUCAAGGAACAAGGCGGUGCUACACUUGAGCAGAGGGGUCAUAUCCUACACACAGCAUAUACUCCUCAGCCAGGGUAAAGGUCUGUGUGCCACUCACUCCCUCCUGGAAAACACUGGCAGGAGUUUGCAGCACUCAGCAGCAUGGAAGUAACCAAAGGAGAGGACCGCUCGGCUGAACAGGCUGCGUCUUUGUUUGGGACACCAGAGCUGGAGAGUCAAAGGGGAAACACUGAACGAGGAAAGAAGAGGAAUAACCUCUGGAAAAUCAUCAUUGGGGUUCUGCUGCUGUGCUUACUGGUGAUCAUCCUCGCAGUGGUUCUUUAUCUGAAGAAGAGCAGUAAUGGGAAAGAAGGAGAACUCUGGCUACAGCAGGAAUCGGCGGACAGUCAUCUCCCACAGUGUCCACCUGGAUUUAACAGGUCCCCUCUCAUCCUGGUGUCCUUGGACGGUUUCAGGGCGGAGUACCUGAAAGAUCACGCCAGCCACCUUCCUAUCAUCAACAAGUUACGAAACACUGGAGUCACAACACCAUACAUGAGGCCUGUUUAUCCCACAAAGACCUUCCCCAACCACUACAGCAUUGUGACUGGUCUUUACCCUGAGUCUCAUGGGAUUGUGGAUAACAAAAUGUACGAUGUGGACCAAAACGCUUUCUUCAGCUUGAAAACUGAGGAGAAGUUCAACCCAAAAUGGUACCAAGGAGAGCCGGUCUGGGUCACUGCCAUUCGUCAGAAACUGAGAGCAGGAACCUUCUUCUGGCCUGGCUCUGAUGUAAACAUCAAUGGCACCUUCCCCACCUUCUACAAGUUGUAUGACAAGAGCAUUUCAUUUGAACGGAGAGUGUCGACAGUGUUCGAAUGGCUCAGUUUACCUCAGGAAGAAAGACCCGACCUCUACACUUUGUACCUGGAUGAACCUGACUCAUCAGGACAUCGUUAUGGUCCAACAAGCAGCCAGGUCGUCUGGGCCUUGGAAAGAGUGGACAAGAUUUUGGGCAUGCUGAUGGAUGGCCUGACAGAGAGAAACCUGCACCACUGCGUCAACAUUCUAAUCACGUCAGACCACGGCAUGGAGGAGGCUUCCUGUGACAAAGCUUCAUAUGUGUCAUCAUACGUGGACAACACUGGCUUUGCUGUCAUUCAAGGUCCGGCUGCUCGCAUCAGACCAAAUACCCUCCCAGGGGAUUUCUUUUCCUUCGACUAUGAGGGCCUGAUAAAGAACCUGUCGUGCAGGACCUCUGACCAGCCAAUGAGGCCGUACCUCAAAGAAAACCUCCCCAAAAGGAUGCACUUUGCUAAAAACAAACGCAUAGAGAGAGGACACCUCUACAUGAAGGAAGGGUGGCAGGCUGCACUAAACAGCAGAGAGCUCAAAUACUGCACUGGCGGAUUCCAUGGAUCAGAUAACCUCUUCACCAACAUGCAGGCGAUCUUCAUCGGCUAUGGUCCAGGAUUGAAAGAAAACACUGUUGUGCCUCCUUUUGAAAACAUUGAACUAUAUAACCUGAUGUGUGAUCUCCUCGGUGUUCGUCCCGCUCCAAACAACGGGACUCAUGGCAGUCUGAACCAUCUCCUGAAGCAUCCUGUCCACCUGCCAGUUCACCCCGCUCAGCUCUCCCAUGACUCUCCCUGUGAGGGUAGUGACCCCACUCCUGCUGAGGAACUGCAGUGCACCUGUGCAUCACAAACCAAGGCAGAGGAGAUAGAUUUGAACAGAGCUCUCAUGACGACUAAUUCCAGUGUUAAAGCCAGCUUACGUCGCCUCCACCAUCCCUUUGGCAUCCCUCGGGUCGUCCAACCAGACGCAACCUUUUGUCUCCUCCACCAAUCGGACUACCUCAAUGGGUACAGCAAAGACCGCCUCAUGCCCCUGUGGGUAUCGUACACCAUCCAGCCUCUGACCAAAAUCCAGACCCUGAGCCCAGAGGCGGAGGAGUGUGUUCGUGCUGACGUACGCAUCCCACCGGCCAACAGCCAGCUGUGUCUGCGCUACAGAAGUGACCCCACUCUGUCCUUCGGCCUGCUGCAUCCCCCAAAUCUGAGUGCCAACGGACCCAUGACAGACUCUCUAAUCACGAGCAACAUGGCACCAAUGUUCCCUGCAUUUAAAGAUGUUUGGACCCACGUCCAUGAUGUCCUGCUUCCAAAAUAUUCACAACAGCUGAACGGAGUCAACGUCAUCAGUGGGCCGAUAUUUGAUAAGGACUACGAUGGAAAUGUUGAUGCACUCGAAGCACCUACAGGGAACGAAGCUCCCAUCCCGACACAUUUCUUCCUGAUCCUGACCAGCUGUGGGAACUCGACCUUCAGUCCUGUUAACUGCGAGGGUCCGCUGCAGGCCAGGUCCUUCAUCCUGCCCAACAGGCCUGACCACACGGAGAGCUGCCCUAGCGGGUCGGACUUGUCAUGGGUGGAGGAUUGGAUGAAGUUCCACACAGCGCGAGUCCGAGACAUCGAGCACCUGAGUGGACUCAGCUUCUACCACGACAGGAUAUCAGUGGAAGAGACGCUACAACUCAAGACGUUUCUACAGACUGCUUAACAUCAGAGAUAUUAUUAAACCCAAUAGGAAGCCAUAUUGGUCUGCACAGCAGGCCUCUGUCCACGUGGACACAGUUAACGACGUGUUCAAAACAAAUUGCUCCCAACUUCAAGUUCCAUCCACUUUUUUAUGAUAUUUCUCAUUCCUCCUCAAAUCAAUGUGUGAUAGCUGUAUAUUUGUUUUUGAUGAUGUUUUUAUAAAUGAUUUUAUAGAGAACAUUCACAGGGCAUUUUUGUAAACGAGCCUCCGGAGCUCCGACCCAAAGACGCCGUCACGUCUGCUGAGUGGCUCCAAAGCAUUUCCUCAGAUGGGAACAAAAUAAGAGGGAAAAGAAACAUUUAUUGAUGGAAGAAGAAUCUAUUUAUACUGCAGUUGCUUUUAUUGGCAGAGGCACUUCAAGAAACACAUGACAAUCUGGAAACGUUUGUGUCCGCUGCCUCGCAUCUGGAGAACCGGCUGUAGGAGCCAGAAAAAACACUCGAUGUGAGAAUUUAAGGAAAGAAUCAGUUUUGCUGAACAGUGGUUUUAAUGUUUUGUAAAUUUUUGGUUUGGUUGAUGACAUUUAGGAAAUAAGUUUUCAAUUCUUGAGUGUGUGUGUGUGUGUGUGUGUGUGUGUGUGCGUGCGUGCGUGCGUGUGUGCGUGGAUGGAUUAUGGGACAACUCUGAGCCACAGACAGUAAACAGAUCCCACUUCCCUUACACAGUAGAGCUGCAACACUUUAUCAGUUAGCUGCCAGUUAAAUGAAUGGCCAACGAACGAUGAAUCCGUUUGAGUAAAAGGAAGUUAAAACUCUGUGAUUCCAGCCUCUGAAAUGUGAAUAUUAUCUGGUGUCUUUACUCCUCUGUGAAAGUAAACUGAGGACGUCAUCUGGGACUUUGGGAAACACUCAGAGCCAUUUUUCACCAUCCUCUGAGAUUUUAUAGACCAAUGUAGUAAUUGAUUAAUCAAGGAAAUAAUCAGCAAAUUAAUAGACCGUGAAAUAAUCAUUAGUUACAGCUGUACUACGUACUGUAGAAGCACCACACAAACUGAAAGCAGUUCAUUUUAAAGUUGUUUUGUGUCUUUCUGUGGUUAUUUUGCAUCUUCUUUGAAGUUUUUCCAGCUCCUUUGUUGUCAUUUUGUGACUCUUUGUAGUAGCUUUGCAUCUAUUUCUGUUUGUUUCACGUCUUUUUGUGUUCAUUUAGCAUCUCUCUCUAGUUGUAUUACAUCUCUGGUUGCAUUUUGCAUCUCUUUGUUGUAGUUUACGUCUUUUUGUGGUCAUUUUGCAUCUCUAUGAUUGUCCUGUGUGUCUUCUAUCGUAGUUUAGUCUAAUGUUUUCCAUUACUUUGAAGUUGUUUCGAGCCCCUCACUUGUCAUUUUGUGACUCUUCGUGGUCGUUUUGCAUCUAUUUGUAUUUGUUUUACAUCUUUUUGUGUUUAUUUAGCAUCACUCUGUAGUUUUACAUCUCUGGUUGCAUUUUGCAUAUCUUUGUUGUAGUUUUCUCUAUUUGUGUCUCUCUGUAUGAUUGUCUUGUGUCUCUUUUACUGUAGUUUUGUGUCUAAUGUUUUGCAUCUUCUCUGAAGUUCUUUUAAGCCCCUUUGUUGUUAUUUUUUGACCCUUUGUGUUUGUUUUGCAUCUUUCUGUAGUAGUUUUUUUCUCUUUUCGUAGCCAAGAAUGUCUUUUCUGGUCAUUUUGAAUCUCUUCAUGAUUGUCCUGUGUCUCUUUUAUUGUAGUUUUGUGUCUUUGCACCUUUGGAGGCGUUUUGCAUCUCUUUGUAGUCAUUCUGUUUUCUCUUUGUUGUCAGUUUUCGUCUCUUUGUAGCCAUGUGCAUUGUCUGUCUUGGAGCUUUUCAUCUGAACUUAUGGUCGUUUUGCAUUUCUUUUAUCAUCAUUUUGUGUCUCUAUGGGUGUGCAUCUUUGUAGGUGCAUCUCUUUGAAGUUCUUUCGAGUGGCUUUGUGGUAAUUUUGCAUCCACUUGUGUUUGUUUUACGUCUUUUGUGUUCAUUUUGCAGCUCUUCAUGAUUGUCUUGUGUCUCUUUGUCAUAGUUUUGUGUCUUUCUUGUUUUGCAUCUCUGGAGGCACUUCACAUCUCCUUGUCAGUUUGUAUCUCCUUGUAGUCAUUUUGUUUUCUCUUUGUUGUCACUGUUUGUCUCUUUGCUUCAUAUCUCUUCAUUGUAGUUUUAAGUAUUUCAUCGUCAUUUUGUGUCUAAUGUUUUGCAUCUGUGGAGGUGUCUUGUAUCUCCUUGUGAAUUUGCAUCUCUUUUUAGUAAUUCUGUGUCUCUCUGUAGCUACUGGCUUUUCUGGUAGCUUUGCAUCUCUUCGUGGUCGUUCUGUUUUGAGUGACUUUCUGCAGGUGAAGCAGAAGUGUCAGGUGCAGCUGUCUGUUGAAAAACUGCAGCCCAGCAGUCCCAUCGAGUAAUCUAUCUGUGUGUGUGUGUGUGUGUGUGUGUGUGUGUGUGUGUGUGUGUGUGUCAGUUGAAAUUAUUUCUGGGAUCAACACAAUUUUAGUCUUUUUAUGUCUGCUCUUCACAGCAGCUGUCUGGAAGUCAGCAGGUAGUUUGUGGAAAAUAAGAAAAGUUCGACAUGUAUUACAGCUUUGGUUUUUUGUAUUGUCACAAACAGCGACAACGGUCAAACACACAAUUUCAUAUAAAAACUCUUCUACAAUGA